AUGGAGAGGAUAGAGGAAUCAGCCGAGUUUGCCACGGAAGUGACAACUACAUCUAUAAUUGACUCGUAUUUAUUCAGCGAGCCAUCAACCACUAAAACGAAAAGGGAGAUUCCUGAUCAAAAGAACAAAAAAAAACUCAGUGCAAAACCUUCUUACGUGCAGCAAAGUAAACAUCACUCUUUUGAACCGUGGGCAAAUUCUGCUGGAUCCGGAAUAAAACACAACAUGAACACGGGGGUUAAUCUUGCAGUCGUAAGCGAAACAGAACAGCCGAAUAACAUUAAUAGCGUGACUACUUCCAGCGAUCAUAUAUCAGCCGAAUCAAGACAAUCUUACGAAUAUAGUCGAACGCCUGCUACUGCAAGUAAAUCGAAUAGACCAUAUCAGCGACUAGUCCCGCUAACAGAGAUUUCUCAAGAGAAAAAUAAAUUCAAUGCGUCUCAAGGCAGCAAGUACUUGGAAGUGCCAAAAGCCGUGAAAGUUCCCGUGAAUGUUCGCUCAUCCAGGUUCGGACACUCGUCGAUCGAUAUGUCAAAGCUUGGCAAUCGACUUAGCACAAAUUCUAGAGACACUUCUGCGACGCUUGUGGACAAUGAAACAUCGUAUGCAAAUACGGACGAGCACGUGUGCAAUAAUGAAGUUGCAACACCACACUCAAUCGGCACUGCUUACAAGAUGCCACCCUUGCCAUCCCAUACUCCACCGACACCCACCGAGAACGUGUCAUACAAUAAAAAACCCUAUACGAACGUCGUGAAUAACGCUCCGCAGCACUACUCGAUAAACGCAAACCCCAUCCCAACGACCCAGGAACAUUCCUUAAUACCGCACACCAGAAAUGAAGACAAUGCAAUAAAUACAGAGCUGCAACUUUAUCCAUUCCGCCGCCGACCGUUGUCCGAAAUUUAUGAAGAGAGUCCCGCGUAUCAGGACGACUCUGUGGCAGUUGAUGAUCUUGAAAAUCCAGCUAAUACAUUAUCUGGUCAGAAAUCAAGCAUAGAAAUACCCAUUCCAGAAGUGCCAAUGACUCGAAAUGAGAACGAAAAACCUCGUAGAUCAAUCUUUGGUUGGUUCAAGUCUCUAACAGAGGAGAAACCACAUUAUGGCAUAGCUAUUCCGAUGCAAGCUCCCACCUCACCAGAUACUCGCUACGGAGCAUCGGCUGAUCCUAAUGAGUAUGGUGCGAGGUACCAGCCUAAAAGUAGCUCCGAGUUGCGAUCAAACAUAUACCCGAUCUAUUCAUAUGUGCAUAACGUGAACGAUGCCAAAGGUCGAAAACCUAACGACCAAAAAUCUGGCCAUAUGUUAACAACAUACACUAAUGGGAAAGGGUUUUACAACAAGACUCCGUCAAUCGAUUCGGAUAAGAAAUCCAUGUUGAUUCAUUCUUUGGUAUCGACCAAGCCCAGGAAAAGCUAUCCAGUGCGAGCUUUGUUACGCAAGUCAUUAGUUUAUCAGAAGAGACAAUGGGUCGUAAAUUUUUUCUGCGUCACGUUAUGUCCAAUACUAAUGGUCGCCAUUGCGGGUCUGAUGGCUAUGAUUGUGACGGCAUUAGUCCUCAAAAACAAUCCGGCAGUAGUAAAAUCGGUGGACCCGCGAAACGUGAGUUUCGAACAAAACUAUGACGAUCUCACUUCAACACCAGCAUCUGAAGUUCCAAAUGUGUCGGGAAAAUUUGCCACGGUAAAACACGCUAAUUUCUAUAUACCGUUAGUAAACUUUGAGUUCUUCACUGUGCCAGAUGCGGCAGACGAUUGCGUGAUCUGGACGGGGCCAGACUAUCCUCUUCGGGAUCCAUAUGAAACAGAUCCCAAUGUGAAUGUCUCCUUAAGGCUUGAUAGUACUUUUCGACCUGAGCCACAAGGAGGAUGGCUCAGCUUUGCCAAUCCACAGAAUAUGGUUGCUUUAGCAAAAUAUCAAACAUAUCAAAAUCUAUUUGUUAUUGAGGACUUUGGCGUUAAUGCAGGAGAUAAACCGUUGAAGAGUCCACUAAUUUUGUCUCAAAGUCAGUCGCUGAAUGCUCUAACUACUUUCGCCUCACAAGCAAACGACGGGGAUUCUGGCGUGCUGGGCUCAAUACCGACAAAAUUUUUUGCAAACAUAACAAACUUGGGAGGGCCCACAUCUUAUCAAGCCGAAUCUCUCGUCCCAAGCGUGGCGCAAUUAAACAUACCGCCUCUUGUCGGACAGGAAGACGCUGCACUAAUAGAUAAUCAACCGCAAUUGGCCCUUAAACUCGCUCAAGCCACUACAAACUUGCCCUGGGGAGGCCUGAUCUUUAAUAAUUUAAAUCCAACUUCAAAAGUAUGGAGCUAUAUCAUGCAAAUUGGCCAUGAUGAUCGCAUUGCCCAGAGGCUUCCGUUUUUAGGCUAUGGCUUACGGAGAGUGAUCCAACAAUCUCAAUUGAGCACCGCGUUUCUUCUAUCCACUAACGUGAAUGCAAUUAUAACGGCCGGGUUUCGGGUAAUGCCGUAUCUAUGGGUGUCAGAGAUGAAUGUUGGAGCCAGCGCACUUUUAGGUCGCGUUCUCUAUCCAUUUGGUGUUUCUUUCCUGCUGCCGGCAUUUGUGAUUACACUAGUCAAGGAAAAGGAAAACAGAAUUUUAGUUAUGAUGCGUAUGAACGGGCUCAAGGAUUACGCUUACUAUAUGACGCACUAUAUCCAUUUUUACAUUUUGCAUACCAUAAAUUCCGUAUUCUUUGUGGCAAGCGGAAUGGCUUUCAAAAUGGAAUUCUUUUCCCGAACCUCGCCGUACGUUCUCUGUCUCCUUUUCAUGAUCUGGGGACACAUGCAGAUAAUCCUGGCUUUUCUUUUUUCCGUAAUAUUCAACAACACCCGUACUGCUCUAGUUGUGUCAUGCGUUACUGUUAUUAGCGGUGUAGUAAUUAACCUGGCAUCCGAGGCAAUUUUCACUACGGCAAAUAUCGCUUACUUGACGUGGCCUCCUUUUGCAUUUUACCGCGCUCUCAGCAUUGUCAACGAGGCAAGCUUUGAUCCGUCAGGCGAUGGAUAUACUAUGGCAAGGAUCAGGCCGGGUGACCAAUUAUUUAUGGCUACGGUAGCAAUGAUUGCAGGAUACUUUGUGUUAUUGCUAGUUACGUGGUACUUGUCUCAAGUGCUUCCCUCUGACUAUGAUGAAGGAAAACCAUGGCAUUUUGUAUUCAGUACGUUAUUCAAAAAGAUGUCUGGAACAAGCGAGACAAAAGCGGACAGGCGCCAAAGUUUCCUGGAGAGCGGUUUAUGGCGUAUUGACCCCGAGGAUGUUAGGUCGGAAGACGAUGACGUCCGAGAAGAGCGACGUAGAGUUUUAGAGAACCAGUUUCUAUUGGAUUCUCCAUUGGUUCUAAAGAGAAUACGCAAAGAAUACCCGAACGGAAAGUUGGCCGUCAAGGACGUAACAUUCGCAGUCGAAUCGAACAUGGUUUUUGGAUUGUUGGGUCCUAAUGGUGCUGGCAAAACAACGCUUCUCAGUAUUUUGACAGGUCUCUAUCCAGCAACAAAAGGCGACGCAAUUCUCAAUGGCUUUGAUGUCAAGACCCAAAGGGACCAAGUCUACAUGAGCAUAGGAAUAUGUCCUCAACAUGAUAUUCUUUGGGAUGAUUUGACAGUGUGCGAGCACUUGCUGUUCUACGCUCGUCUCAAAGGCGUGCCAUCGAGUCAGGAACAUGCAAAGGUGCUAGAGUUAUUAGAACGCGUGCGUCUAGUACCAUUCAAAGAUCGGCUUACUCGCGGUCUUAGCGGCGGUGAAAAACGUCGUCUGUCUAUAGCGAUAGCAUUAGUCGGGGAUCCAACUGUUGUCUUUUUGGAUGAACCCACCACCGGACUUGAUCCGGAAGUUAGACGUUUGAUCUGGAAUAUCAUCAGCGAGGCAAAGACUGGACGAACGAUCAUGCUGACCACGCAUUCGAUGGAAGAGGCAGAAGUUCUCUGUCAAAGGGUCAGCAUCAUGACCCAGGGAACGUUAAGAUGUAUUGGACCGCAAUUAAGACUAAAGGAAAAGUAUGGCCGAGGUUUUAAAUUGAGCUUUUCGGGUCGAACAGCAAACAUGGAGACAGCUAUUGGCUUCAUCGAGUCAUUGCUUCCACCAACAGCAAGAAGGCUUCCGUCAUAUACCACAAAUGUAACUUAUGAAUUCUCACCAGAACCAGGGUUGAUUUCUCGACUAUUCAAACGGAUUGAAAGCGAAAAAAAAUAUUAUGGUGUGGAUGAUUGGGGUUUGAGUCAGACAACUCUAGAGGAAGUUUUCUUGAAGAUUAUCGGAAAAGAUGGAGCAGACGCUGAAUAA